AUGGGACAAAUACUAUCAAACCCGGUAAUUGAUAAAGAGAGCCACUCCGGUGCUGACUCGUUGACCGCAUUUGGACUAUGUGCAAUGCAAGGAUGGCGGAUGUCAAUGGAGGAUUCACACAUUUUAGAGCCUAAUGUAUUGACAAAGUCCGAUAAAGAUCAUAUUGCAUUUUACGGUAUAUUCGAUGGGCAUGGUGGCGCUAAAGUGGCCGAAUACUGCGGUAAUAAAAUAGUGGAGAUCUUGCAAGAGCAAAAAUCGUUCCGUGAGGGAAAUUUGCCAAGAGCUUUGAUUGAUACUUUUAUAAACACAGACGUGAAACUAUUGCAAGAUCCCGUGAUGAAAGAAGACCAUAGCGGGUGCACGGCCACGUCCAUAUUGGUAUCGAAAUCUCAGAAUUUGUUAGUGUGCGGUAACGCUGGUGACAGUAGAACAGUACUAGCUACUGACGGGAACGCAAAGGCCCUAUCAUACGACCACAAGCCCACUCUAGCAAGCGAAAAAUCACGUAUCGUGGCAGCUGAUGGCUUCGUAGAAAUGGAUAGAGUCAACGGUAACUUGGCGCUCUCUCGUGCCAUUGGUGAUUUCGAAUUCAAGUCCAACACCAAGUUGGGCCCCGAGGAGCAAAUAGUAACAUGCGUUCCAGACAUUCUCGAACACUCCCUAGAUUACAACAGGGACGAGUUUGUGAUCUUAGCCUGUGACGGUAUCUGGGAUUGUUUGACUUCCCAAGAUUGUGUGGAUUUGGUUCAUCUCGGGCUUCGCGAAGGCAUGACGUUGAAUGAAAUAUCUUCACGGAUCAUCGAUGUCUGUUGUGCUCCCACCACAGAGGGGACGGGUAUUGGAUGCGACAACAUGAGUAUAGUGGUUGUUGCGCUGCUGAAAGAAGGAGAAGAAGUUGCUCAAUGGAGCGACCGUAUGAAGUCUAAAGCUCACCAAACCUCAGUGCGUUCUUUCGCAGACAAGAGAAGAAGAGUAUUUAGCUACUACGACUUUUCCAAAUGUAACGACGAACAGGUGUUCGCUGCCACUACGAAGAAACCUCAGGACAAGUUUACUCGCGACCACGAAGCCGCAGUAGCCUCGGUGACUGCCGCCGACAACGACGAUCCAAUGGACAUAGACGACACCGACGCUGACACAGAUGCAGAAAACCUCGAUCCUUCCAGCCAAGCCAAGAGCAAGACAUCCGGCCCCAUUGAUCUAGCGUCAUUGGAGGCACUACUUGGAGCUACAGGAGGAGUGAAGACAGACAGCAACGGGAACAAGGUCACCUACACACUUCCCCAGUCAGCGUUGGCCCAACUGCUCCAAACCAUGGCCCAUGACCCGACCUCCUCCCAUCCCGAGAAUGAUGGUAACAGUGGCCACAAAGCCGGCCGUUCUCAGUUGCAAUGA